AUGUUGAUGAAAUUUGGAUUUCCAGAUGUCGAUGUAUGGAGCUCUUUGCCGAAAUUGGAUACUCCAAUUCCGCCAAGUCCCUUUAAAAGUGAAGCACUUUGUAAAUUCUACAAUUUCACAAUGAAGGGAUCAACACCACUUUCAAUUGCUAUCAUCUACUUUACCUCAAUCCAUUACAUGAAUGAAGUUGUCAGGAAAAGGCAAUUGAGAAAAAGACAAGCUAAUGAAGAAAAGAGUCGUAAUGGUGGUGGUGGUGCUAGUGGUGCUAGUGGUGGUGCUACGCUUUCAAAAAGCUUACCCGCUGCUCCUUGGCCCAUUGCCAGGACAUUUCCUUUCAAACUAUUUGUCUUAUUGCACAACAUUUUCCUUUGUAUUUAUUCCAUUUGGACGUUUAUUGGAAUCACAACCGCUAUAGCAUCAACAAUGGACAUUUUCAGAUUUGACUUGAUCCCCAAAUUUUUCCAAAACAUCAAUAACGAAAAUUACACUUUUGCUAAACUAGAUGUGUUUUUCCAGAGUAUAUGCGAUUCUCGAUAUGGUAUAUUUUCCAGAUUAAUUACAUCGAGUAAGGGGUUGCACAAUUUGGAAAUCCUUGGUUACUGGUUCUAUAUAUCUAAAUUUUAUGAGGUUUUAGACACGAUUGUGAUUCUUGUUAAAGGCCGACCAUCUUCCUUGCUACAAAGCUACCAUCAUGCAGGAGCAAUGAUGUGCAUGUGGGCAGGAGUGAGAUACCAAUCACCACCUAUUUGGAUAUUUGUUGUAUUCAACUCCUUCAUUCACUCCUUGAUGUAUUUUUACUUUACAUUAUCGUGUUUACACAUUAGAGUCCCGACUCUUGCGAAAAAGAUUCUUACAUCAUUGCAAAUCACCCAAUUUGUCGUUGGCGGAAGUAUUGCCAUAUUGCACUGUUUUGUAUGGAUCAGCGAUUUGAGCUUGGGUGACAAAAUAGAGGAAAUAAGAUUAAUUAGUUGCAUAGCUUCUCCAAAUCAAGCAUUGCCUAUUUUGAUCAAUGUCGCUUAUCUAACACCAUUAACGGCCCUAUUUGCAAUCUUUUAUGUCGAAAGCUACUUUAAGAAAAAAACCUAA